AUGGAGCGCUCACAGCUCGCGUCCUCCAACUUGAUGGCACACUCCAUCGCUUGCCCAGCCUCGCUCACCCAACCCGCACGCACAGAGACGCACAACCGCCUCAUCGCCGCCAUCCUCACGCACUACCGCACGCUCAUGAUGCUCGCGACCGUGCAGGCCGAGGACGACCAGGAGAGCGCCGCCGCCGCCACUCCGGAAGCCAUUGCCGUGGCGGGCAUUGCUAUGAAGAUGGAAUUUGACGGCCUCUACUCGUCGGUCAAGGAACUCCUCACGCUCUCGCGCAAGAUCAAGGAGCUCUGGGUGUUUGGCGCCCUCGGCCAGCAGGACCCCUCGCGCGCGGCGCGCGGCGUCCAGAGCGAGCGCGACGUCGCCGCCGCCGCCGACCUGCUCAACCGCAUCGAGGCGACCCGCAUGACGCGCCUGGCGGCCAGCCAUGGCGGCGAGUGGAAGCCCUUGCGCAAAGAGGAUAUACAGGCCCUGCAGGCGCUGGCGGGCAAGCAAUGA